AAAACAAAUCAGUUAAGGGAGAAUAAAACCUUUUCAAGAAUGAAGACACGAUUUAAUACUUACGAUCUUGUAUGUUCAGUAACUGAACUACAAAGACUUAUUGGGAUGCGUGUCAAUCAAAUAUAUGAUAUAGAUCAUCGUACAUAUCUUAUACGCUUUCAACGUAGCGAGGAAAAAUGUGUUUUAUUACUUGAAUCUGGUAAUAGAAUCCAUACAACAGGUUUUGAAUGGCCAAAAAAUAUAGCUCCUUCAGGUUUCUCUAUGAAGAUGCGCAAACACCUUAAGAAUAAGAGACUAGAAAGUCUCAUGCAAGUUGGUAUAGAUCGAAUAAUAGACUUGCAAUUUGGAAGUGGUGAGGCUGCAUAUCAUAUAAUUUUAGAGUUGUAUGAUCGUGGUAAUAUAAUUCUCACAGAUCAUGAAAUGGUAAUUUUGUACAUUUUAAGGCCUCACACAGAAGGAGAUAAAAUUAGGUUUGCAGUGAGAGAGAAGUAUCCAUUAGAUAGAGCUCACAAUGAGGCAAUGCCACCUAUAGAUGAAAUCCAUGAACAUCUUCAAAAAGCCAAAACCGGAGAAAGUCUUAAGAAGGUGUUAAAUCCAAUAUUAGAAUUUGGUUCAGCUGUAAUUGAUCAUGUUUUACUUAAAGCUACAUUUGCCCUUGGUUGUAAAAUCAGCAAAGAUUUUAACAUCACUGAAGACAUGCCAAAGUUAAUUUUAGCACUUGAAGAUGCCAAUAAUAUCAUGGAUAACGCGAAAAAAAGUGCCUCAAAAGGAUAUAUUAUUCAAAAGAAAGAAGCAAGACCGACUCAAGAUGGCAAAGAAGAGUUUAUAUUUGCUAAUAUCGAAUUUCAUCCAUUGUUAUUUGAACAAUAUAAGGACCAACCAUACAAAGAGUUUGAUUCCUUUGAUGCCACAGUGGAUGAAUAUUUCUCCACAAUGGAAGGACAAAAGCUAGAUUUAAAAGCCCUGCAACAAGAAAGAGAAGCUUUGAAAAAACUGGAGAAUGUAAGGAAAGAUCAUGAUCAGAGAUUGAUUACAUUGGAAAAGACACAGGAGGUUGAUAAACAAAAGGCAGAAUUGAUUUCGAGGAAUCAGACUUUAGUGGAUAAUGCUAUUCUAGCCAUACAAAGUGCUUUGGCAAAUCAGAUGUCCUGGCCAGAUAUUCAAGUAUUGUUGAAAGAAGCUCAAGCUAGAAGUGAUCCUGUCGCCUCUGCUAUAAAACAAUUGAAGCUGGAGACAAAUCAUAUUUCCUUGUUGUUACAUGAUCCUUACGAAGAGAGCGACGAAGAAUCUGAGUUGAAACCGAUGAUCAUUGACGUAGACUUAGCUCAUACAGCAUUCGGUAAUGCUCGGAAGUAUUACAGUCAGAAAAGAUCGGCAGCUAAGAAGCAGCAGAAAACGAUAGAAUCGCACGGAAAAGCCUUGAAAUCGGCAGAGAAGAAAACGAAGCAAACAUUGAAAGAAGUUCAAACUAUACACAGCAUCAUUAAGUUAAGAAAAGUAUAUUGGUUUGAGAAAUUUUAUUGGUUUAUUACAUCUGAGAAUUAUCUAGUGAUUGGCGGAAGAGAUCAGCAACAGAACGAGUUGAUAGUAAAGAGAUACCUAAGAGCAGGAGAUCUAUAUGUUCACGCAGAUUUAACCGGUGCUAGUUCUGUUGUGAUAAAAAAUCCCACUGGUGGUUUUGUACCACCAAAAUCAUUAGCGGAAGCAGGUACAAUGGCUAUUGCAUACAGUGUCGCUUGGGACGCUAAAGUAGUAGCAAAUGCAUGGUGGGUACAUCACGAUCAAGUGUCAAAAAGCGCGCCUACUGGAGAAUAUCUUACUACUGGGUCCUUCAUGAUACGUGGAAAGAAAAAUUAUUUACCACCGAGUCAAUUAAUUAUGGGAUUGGGUAUUAUGUUUCGAUUGGAGGAAAAUUCAAUAGAACGACAUAAAGAUGAAAGAAAAGUCAAAGCUGUAGGAGAGGAAAGUGAAAAUGUGGAUUCGGUGAUCGAAGAUGACAAAGAAAUAGAAUUAGAAGGCGACUCGGAUGAAGAUGAAAAUCUAGAAGACAAAAAUGCGUUAAAUCCUAUUCAUGAGGAAGAUCAUUUGGAACCGGAAUCGUGUGCAACAGAUAAUAAAGAUGCCAACAAAGAUGAAGGUAACGACGAAGAAGAAGAGGAAGAAGAAGAUGAUACGAAAUGUCAAUUUCCCGAUACGCAGAUAAAACUUGAUCUUUCGGGUCCAAAAGUAAAACUGCACGUUGAUAAUAAUCAACCAUUGAUAGCAACACAAAAGGAUGCCGAAGAAAAUGUAGUUUAUUUAGGAGAUGAUAAACCUGUUAUAGUAAAUUUACCGAUUAAAGAGAAACGAGCAAAAACAAAACAAAAAGUACAACCAAAAGAACCGAAAGAAAAGAUUGAGAAGAGUGACAAAACUGAAAUUGAUAACAAAAAAAUAGAGCAGCCUGUAUUGAAACGAGGACAGAAAGGAAAAUUAAAGAAAAUGAAAGAAAAGUACAAGGAUCAAGAUGAAGAAGAUAGACGACUUUCGAUGCUUGUUUUGCAGUCAGCAGGUGCAGCUAAAGAAGAUAAAAAGAAAAAUAGGUCUAAAGAUCUGUCGAGUCCUAAACUGCAAGGGAAGAAAAAGCCAAACGUAAGAAUGAACGUUCCUGCACCAUCUGCACAUAUAAUAGAUAAUGCUGAUGAGGAAGAUACAGGUCCGACUCCCGAAGUUGACAUGCUUGAGCAACUAACAGGAAAGCCUUUUCCAGAGGACGAAUUAUUGUUCGCUGUACCUGUGGUAGCACCUUAUAGUACCUUAUUGAAUUACAAAUUUAAAGUGAAAUUGACACCUGGUAUUGGAAAGAGGGGCAAAGCAGCCAAGACAGCUAUAGCAGUGUUUCUCAGGGACAAAGAAAUAUCUUCGCAUGAAAAGGACUUAUUGAAAGCGAUUAAAGAUGAAAUGUUAGCUAGAAAUAUACCAGGGAAAGUGAAAAUAAGUGCUCCUCAGAUUCAAAAACUGAAGAAAUGAUUGCCUGGCGAUAUUGACGAUUUCAACUUGUAUGAUUAUAAAAUUACUAGUGUUAUAUGGUAUACAAAACUUAUAAAAAGCAUCUUUAAGAGCAUAUACUUGCUUGCAAUCGCACUUUUUGGCAAAUAUUGAAAUAAUGUUCAAUGAAUUGACAGAAAGAUUACAAAUUUAUAAGAUUACGAUUAAUUUAAAUAAU